CAGUAUCUGCAGAGUCUGGCUCACAUAGCCGUGAGCGUCUGUGUGGAAUCACCUCACCUGUGGGAUUGUCCAGAGUCUGCCGGGUUUCAGAGAGACCUUCUGGAGCGACUGCUGCGGUGCCUGCACUAUGAGGUUCGGCUGUUUGCCCUGGAUCAGCUCCUCAGGAGACUUCAGAAGACAGAGGAAGAGUCUCAGCAUCGUGGUCAGGGACCCUUGCCCUUUGACCUCAGUGUGUCUAGCCUAACCUCCCUGGCCUUUCAUGAGACUUACCCUGGGUGUCAAGCCAAGGUUUUGCAGGUUCUCGCUGUCCUCCCUCUUUCUUCGCUGCUGCCCUGGAGAGAUGGGAUGACGUCUUUGAGCUGUCUGGAGGUUCUAGAGCAUCUCCUCACACUGCUGGAAACCUCUACACACAGUGUGGAGCUCUACUGUGCCGCUCUCUCCCUAACAUCUCAGCUGGUGCUGCACCUGGCCGAGUCAACGCCACAGCAGGAUGUCAGUGAGGCUGCAGUGGUCUGUCUGAGCAGAUGGGGGGCGCUGGUCAUGCAGGGCUGCGCUGAGGAUCAACCUGCAGAAGUCAAACUCGUGUCAGCAGAGGUGCUGGUGAAGGCCGUCCCCACCUUACUGACGGCUCCAGCCCUGCCUCUGGGUAUCACACACACUGUGGCACUAUGGAAGAGCCUGUUUACAUUAUUGCAGGAUGAAGAUCAGGACGUCAGAGAUGGAGCAGCUGACUUCACCUGCUACAUACCAGCCCAUUUACACAACACAGGUGUUUCCACGGGUGCCGUCUCUCCUCCGGUUGCCCUGGAGAUGGGGGUGGGUCUUUUGUGCCAGCUGUUCCAGAUGUGGGGCCAGUUGGCUGCUGGAAUGGUGAACCUGAUACAGUGGCUCCUGGGAGAUGAACAAUCGGAUACAAGGUGUGAAGAGUCACUGGACUUGGAUGAGGAGUUCCUCUUUGAGAAGGGAGAUCUUAACCUGUGGGCAGAGCCUUUGUUAUGGGCACGGAUGUUGCACAGACACCUCUCUGCCCUGGUAAGUGUGACACAUUCACCUGAUGUAAGCGCCGCAGAACUGGACCGACUAUCAGCCAUCGCAAAGAGCAAUGCCCUGGCGGCUCAGCGUUCGAUGAAAGCCCUCCCUGCACUGCCCCAGUUUUCAGCCACCAUCGAGUAUGCCAAGAUAUCGCUGCGGAAAGAGAGAGCGUCACUCGCUCUGAAUCUUCUAGAUACACUUAGAUCUUCUUAGAUGACUGUGAAAGAUAGAGAAAGUGAAAGGUGUCAUGCAUUACAAACCUAUUUUAAUCUCACAGUGGUUUUCCUGUUUAAGAGCUGAAUUGCAUGCAGGCAUGACCACAUACUUUUUUAAUUCAAAUAAAGUUUAUUACAUUCAUUUAACUGUGGGAUUACUUUUGUACAGUAAUGUGUGUUUGAAAUACUGAGAAUGUGAGAGGUUUUAUUCCCCUCAGCUGUGUUUUCAAUAUCACACCUUGUGGUAUUUGAGCAAGCGGUUGUAUUUUUUUAUGCAUAGCUUAACUGCUUUUAGUUAAGGACAUUUUUUGGUUGCUCCUCCUGUGUAUGUUAUGCAAUCUGAGCAAAACAGUCUGGUGUCCGUUUGCUAAGUAGACAGCUGGGCUGCCUUCAGGGGCUGUAGUAGCAAUGUUCCCCUUUUACUGUAAAAUGAUGUAAUGUUUUGGAAUGUCAGCAGCCUAUUCCUCACACACACACACACACACACACAGGGUGGGUAAAAUAAUACAUACCGUUCUCCUCACAGGAUCUUUUUUUUUUUUUUUUCAUUUGUGUAAAUGUGCUUUACUGAAACCAUAAAAAAGGGAAUUGUAAUACAAGAGUACUGCUGAGAUAUGCAAUGGGAACUGAAGGAGAAAAAAAGGGAAUGUGAAGUGAAAUAUAUUUUCGGCCUGUCAUAUUUUUUUGCCUGUAGGUGGCGCUCAAGCUCUUUUUUCGACGAGAGGCAUUGAGACCGUUAGAGGGCAGUAUUGUAUCGUUUUUGUUAGAGUUUAGAGUUUGAGUUUCUUGAAGGAUUAGAUUUUUACUUUGUUGCAGCUUGUUGAAACUUUUAGGUUUCAUAUGUCUAUAUUUUUUUAAAUAAAUGAUACAAUGCAAAAAAAAAAA